AUGGAGAGCACUUCAAUCGUCCAAAACGCCUCACCAGGCUCCAUUUGUGAGAUACACAAUCUCUAUCGAACCAACCGAGACCGGGACGGUAACACCUCAUGGACCACGGAACUCCCUGAAGACCUCAUCCAGCCGGCCGAAGGCGCUGAGUCUAGCGCUUACGCCCUCGUUGUGAAAAACACCAAAUGCUAUGAUGGUCGCAAGAGCCUCCAGAUUCACUCGAUUCGGGUACAAAGUGAACCACUCAAGAAGUUCCUUACCCCGGUGCUAGCCAAAUAUCCAGGCAUUACCAUGCUCCUUGAUCGAGUCGAGUUCAAACAGCCAUUCAAGCCAUUCGUUCAUCGGUGGAAAGAAUUCGUUACCGCCAGAGAGGCCGAGCAAGAUCCAUCCACGAAACAACAUGUUGAUCUACUCUAUGGAGCUCUAAAGACAGAGCUGGUGGAUACUAUUGCGAGAAAGUCGGAUCUUAUGGCAAAUGGUGUUGUGACCCACGACUUGCUCUGGGCUCUAUUCCAGCCCGGUGACACUAUCUUCACGGGUGUUGUGGAUGGUCGACCUCGCGCUUUUACCUGUGGGCCGGGUGAUAUCGAUAGCAAGGGAAAUUUUGAAUUGAAAGGGUCAUACGUCGACUUUGAUGGGGCGCGUUUUGGACUCGCGAGGUAUGAAUUUCGUCUACCGCACUUCGAAGGCACAUGUCCUAUCACAGAUUUAUCAGUCUUCCCCUUGGAAUACCACAAAGACAAAGCUGCCAUCCGAGAACUGCUCAUAGAUCGGGGCAAGCUUUGGGAAAGCUUCAAGGGUUACCAUUACCGGCAAUAUGAUGGCGCUGGAAAGGGAUACUUUUUCGGUCGGCAGAUCAAGUUCAAUAUCAAAGGCCGCAUUGUGAUCGACACAGAUGCUUUUAACACUUUCAACCCCGACGAGGAGAUUUAUCUUCAUUCUACCACGUCAAAUGAGCUUUCCGACGCUGAAAGACUGAUCGCGACGCCAGUGCUGCGCGGUUAUGCACUGAAGGAAAAGAAAUGGCUGGAAUUCUUUGUUGGCAAUGUGUCGGACAUUACCUGGAAUUCGAGGGCAUUUGAAUCAUUGGUCCUCCCGGAGCGUCAGCAUCACUUGAAGAAGCUCAUUCUUGCCGUUGCCAAGUCCAGCUCCAAAAAGCUGGAUGACUUUGACGACGUUGUUCAGGGCAAAGGACGCGGUGUUAUCAUGCUGCUUAGUGGUCCGCCAGGGGUCGGAAAGACUCUCACAGCCGAGGGUGUCGCAGAAGUCAUGAAAGUGCCUCUUUAUGUGCUGAGUGCGGGAGACCUCGGUACAAACCCUUCAGAUGUUGAAGAUAGAUUAAAGGACAUCCUCAAGAUAGUGCCAAGAUGGGGUGCUGUUCUUCUCCUGGACGAAGCGGAUGUUUUCAUGGAAGCUCGCAAUUCAACUGACCUCGCCAGAAAUGAGCUGGUUUCUAUCUUCCUCAGAGUUCUGGAGUAUUAUGAGGGUAUCUUGUUUCUGACUAGCAACCGUGCCAAAAACAUGGACCCAGCAUUCGAGUCUCGAAUCCACGUAUCCAUUCGCUAUCCAGAACUUGAUGCGACAUCCCGAAAGCAAAUUUGGACGCAAUUCAUCGGCGAUUCGAACCUGCGUAACGUCUCUGAAGAAGAACUCGCGGAGCUGGCAAAGUUGGAGUUGAAUGGCAGGCAGAUCAAAAAUAUCCUACGAACUGCCCACUUACUCGUCCAAGAGCAGAAUACCGGUAUUAGCUAUGAAGACAUUAAAGCGGUCCUGGAUUUGCGAUCCAUCUAG